AUGAUGAUGGUGAGUAGCAGUAGUAUUAGUAGUAAUUAUUCCGAAACUGGGAUGAAUGAUCCAUCAAUGCUCCAUGAUGAUCCCAUCCCCACAUCCCCAACCUGGAAGCUGUACCGUAACCCAUUCUUUAUUAGCAAUUCAUACCAUUCUUCUUCUUCUCAUCACCACCAUAAGAGCCCUCCCUUACAGCGGAGCCACAGCGCUAGCUCUCGUGGCACCGGCGCUGCAACUGCUUUCUGGGAUCUUACUUUCUUCAAAAUGGAAGAGAACCAGACUGUGAUGGAGCUCAAGGCUGAGCUGGACUACGAGCGGAAGCUGCGGAAGAAGGCGGAGUCUCUGAACAAGAGGCUGGCCAGGGAGGCGGCGGAGGAGAGGAGCGGGAAGGAAGCGUUGGAGAGGGUCUGCGAGAAUCUGGCCAGGAAAGUGUCGGCGGAUGCGGCGGAGAUGGAUCGGAUGAGGAGGGAGAUGGAGGAGGAGAGGAAGAUGCUGAGGAUGGCGGAGGUGCUCAGGGAAGAGAGAGUCCAGAUGAAGCUCUCCGACGCCAGGAUUGUCUGGGAGGAGAAGAUGUCGGAGAUUCUGAGCCUCGUCCACGAGAAGGGAAUUGAGGAGCAUUGGGGAAUUGGGUUGGGAGGGAAGGAGGAGGAAAAGAAAGGGAACGACGGUGAAGCUCCUCCGACCAGCCUGGCGGUGACCGGUGAUUCCCAAGCAGCUGCUGUGGAUCUGCCAGGGAAAUGCAGGAAGCUGAUUAUCGGCGGUGACAAGUGGUGGUGGGAUGAGGUUGGUGGUGGCAGCAGAGACAGGGGAAUUGCUGGUGGCAGUGGGGUUGGGGCGAUUGAGAAUCCACAUAUACGGCGAGGGAUCAAAGGUUUCGUGGAGUUUCGGAGAGUGGUCCGAUGCAGUAGUGUUGUUGGAUCGAAGAACAGCAGCAGCCGGCAAUGGGGGACAAAGCUGGAGUGCCAGAAGGCGCAGCUGAAGAUUUUGUUGAAACAGAGGAGCCCCAUUCGAUCAUCCACCAACACCCUUAUCAUUAGUUGA